AUGUUACUCCAACGCCUCACCGUGCUCUCAGGCAUCAGGUCAUCCCUAUCCUCUCUGUCCUCUCUUUCCUUCAAGGCAUCAUCAGCAUCAGCAUUCACUCGAUGCUCCCCAUACAGCACACAACCCGAAGCCACACCCAAGAAAGUCUCAGACCCAUUACGCAUUCUCUUCUGCGGCUCUGACGUCUUCAGUUGCUACUCACUCAAAGCUCUCCAUGCCGAACACAAAGCCAACCCAGGACUAAUCAAGUCCAUUGAUGUUAUGGUUCGGACGGGGAAAGCUGUGGGUAGAGGGUACAAGGAGAUUCGCCAAGUGCCCAUACAAAAUCUAGCAGAAGAACUUUCCCUGCCCAUUCACAUCCGCGAUACCUUCACUGGCUGGUCUCUACCUCAAACUGCCGGGUCAGACGGAGAACCAAUCAACCUGAUCGUGGCAGUCUCCUUUGGUCUGUUUGUUCCUCCAAGGAUUCUCGGUCAGGCUAAAUACGGGGGUUUGAAUGUUCAUCCUUCUUUGCUACCUGACGAGGGUUUGCGGUGGGAAUUUGUGGACGACUGUACACUCCCAGUUGCUCAGCCGAAGCAAACGAAGGGGUCUUCCAAGGCGCAGGAACCGGCAAAGAUUGAGCUUGAACUUCCGCUCACCUACCCCCACCCCCUAGAGGAAUCAAUAAAGGGAUCUCCAAAGCGGAUCAUCCUUGAAGACGUAUCCGAGAUAUUGCCUUCUGAGACUGCCGAAGAUGCUGGCCUGGCGGCUCAAUACGCAGGCUAUCAGCGCCUUCUUCAGUAUCUUAAUUCCAACUCCGACACCUCUUCUGGCACCCCUUCUUCCGGCUCGACAGGCGUGACAGGCUCGACACUACAACAAGUCCUCAACAUCACGUCCCUCCCUUCAACUUCAUCAAACCGUCCUAACGACGCAUCAGACCCACUCUUCUGGCUUUUGAGGUUCGGUGAGAACAAUGAGUACGUCAACAUCGACGUCGAGACAACCGUCGGAGGUGCCAACGCUGCCAACGCUGUCAACGGUGAGAAGGCCACGACGGCGGAAAGAAAACCGAGAGUAAGCUGGGGUUUAUGCACCAGGUUAGGACUAGGUGAUAACGGGAAGGGGAAAGAGGAAGAUAAGGGCGCUGUGACUUUUAUGAUGAAAGGGGAAGAUUACGGGAGGUUUGGGUUAUUGAGGGUAGGGAAAAUCAAGGUAGAGGGGAAAGGGUCGAAGCCCGCUAGGCAGGUGGUGAGGGAGUUGGCUGUUAAAGCGUUUUAG